CUCACGUACACGUAAUCUGAGCGGAAUCCUCCGCGAGUCCCGCAGCGGUUUUACGUCCAGCCGCAACUGUCGUGAAAGCGAGGGGCACGCCUGACGGCAGCAGUGUCGCGAACGCUCGCAAGGACAGGUAGGAGCCAUGCCACUUCUCGAUCUCCAGAACCAGCUGGGCAUUGAUGUUGACAGGUGGAUGCUCGUUGGGAGUUCCAAGCAGCCCUACAAGCAGUCCAGUUUGUGCUUUGCCUUUGAGAAAGAGUGGCUGGAGUGUGGUGACGCCAUUGGGUCCGUAAGGGCAAAGAAGGAGUGCCAGCAGGAGAUGGAGGAUCUUGCUGAAUGUAUAAGCAAGCAAAAAAUGGUGAAGCGAAUGUUGGCGAUUCAUGCACAGAGGGAGAAGCUGAUAAAAGAGGGAAAAUACACCCCUCCUGACAACCAUUCUGGGAAAUUUGACCCCACACCUUGAACUUCUGCUGCUUACCCUGGAGAAAACAGAGCAGGAGCCACUUCCCAGUCUCUCUUCCUUUUUUGUUUUCCUUUUAAAAAAAAGAGUUCUUUCACUAAUGUAUCAACAACGUCUGGCUAGGGUGGAGACCUUUCUAGUGAAGUGGCAGAGUGUUCCUGGCUUGAAUAAAACCACCUCUUUGGGUCUUGAACAUUAA